CUUCGAGCCCGGCCCGCGAACUGACAGCUGGCCUCAGAAAUCGGAAACGACUGGAACCCCAGCCGUGCGCUACCACCCAGAAAUAUUUCUCGCCUAGGAACAACGGGGGCGACCUGCCACGACGUCUGGUUAAAACCCCGACUCUACCCACGACCUGCACACAAAGAGCAAGUCUCUUUCCCCAAUUCCCGGUGCACCAACGUACAGACACCAAAACCCCCACGCAGGGAAAUGCAACAGCGGCCAUGAAGAUCUCGACACUAUCGCUCGGCCUGCUGGCCCUCUUGACGCCGUUUGCGGCGGCCUGGAACAAGGAGGACCGCGAGAUCUUCCGCGUCCGCGACGAGCUCAUCGCCGGCGAGGGCCAAGACGUGACCUUUUACGACUACCUGGGCGUCAAGCCCGCGGCUUCCGUCGAUGACAUUAGCAAGGCCUACCGCCAGAAGUCGCGCCAGCUGCACCCGGACAAGGUCAAGCAGCAGCUGACGGCGGAGCGCGCGCGCGCGGCCAAGGCCAAGGACAAGAAUAAGAAGAAAAAGCCACCAACGCACGCCGAGGUCAAGGCGGCCAUCAAGAAGGCGUCGGACCGCCAGGCCCGCCUGUCCAUCGUGGCCAACAUCCUGCGCGGGCCCAGCCGCGACCGCUACGACCACUUCCUCUCCAACGGCUUCCCGUCGUGGAAGGGCGCCGACUACUACUACAACCGCUACCGCCCCGGCCUGGGCACCGCCAUGUUCGGCGUCUUCCUCGUGGGCGGCGGCCUGGUCCACUACCUGAUCAUGUACAUGAACUGGAAGCGCCAGCAGGAGUUCGUCGGCCGCUACAUCAAGUUUGCCCGCCAGACCGCCUGGGGCGAUAGCCUCGACAUCCCGGGCGUCGAGGCCGCCAUCUCGCCGCCGUCGCCGCCGCCCGCCGCCGCCGCCGCCGAGUCUGAGGAGCAGCAGGCCGCCAUGCCCAUGAACCGCAAGCAGCGCCGCUUCCAGGAGCGCGAGACCCGCCGCGAGGCCACCAAGGGAUCCGCCGUGGGUGGCGGCCGCCGCCGCAAGGCCUUUGCCGCCAGCGGCAGCGCCACCCCGACGCAGCAGUCGUCGGGCCCCACGGGUGCUAAGAAGCGCGUCGUGGCCGAGAACGGCAAGGUCCUGGUGGUCGACUCGCUCGGCGACGUGUACCUCGAGGAGCAAGACGAGGACGGCAACCUUGCCGAGUUCCUGCUUGACCCCAACGAGAUGGCCAAGCCCACCAUCAAGGACACGGCCCUGUUCCGCCUGCCCAUCUGGGCCUACCGCUCGACCGCCGGCCGCAUCCUGGGCGGCAACAAGGACUACGAAGCCCUCCCCGCCGAGGACAUCGACGACGAGCCCACCCCGGCCGACGACGACGACUCGUCGGAGCCCGGCAAGCGCACGCCCAGCACCGACUCUGCCGAAGACUUUGAGCUGCUCGAGAAGUCGACCGACUCGCUCGGCGAGGCCAAGAGCGCCCAGGGCAAGGGCAACAAGAGCGCCAGCAAGCGCAAGCAGAAGAAGAAAUAAACCAGAAAACGAAAGCAAAAACAAAAAAGUAAAGGGACAUGGGCUUGUGGAAUGUGGUGGGGAAGACGUGGCGCUUUGGCGCACCACGAGUCCCCCCCUCGCCUCUCGAACAACCUUUAUUGGUGGCGCUUUGGGCUCGUAUCGCAUAGUACCCGCUACUGCUCUCUUCUUUUUUUUUUUUUUUUACGCGAAGCUUUCCAUCUUUUUAACGUCUCAUCGUCAUCUGGAACGGAGGGGGCGGCGGUGGCGGAUCUUGUACGGCGAGAGGCGCACACAAGGAGCUUUUGGCGUUUUUGUCCACAGUGCUACAUGAGGUUGAGGGCGGAUAAAAACAUUCGGAACGCGCAUGCGAUGCAAUAGAGAUGCUCAUUUACGAGCCUUGUUUUUUCUACACCUUUUCUGUGGCUAAAUCCGGUUCGACUGGCUAGUGCAACGAAACAACGAUGGCAUGUAUUUACGAGAAGGGUCCAGUGAAGCCGGAAGCAUGAGGGCGGCUCAUAUCCGGCCGGAUCUACAAAGGCGACCUGGACCAUCUUUCAAAUCACAUGCUGGUACUUCCCAAAAGACAGGCCCGCUUAUCGAUGAGUAUAGCGGGCGGUCAUGUGCGCGCUUGGUGAUGGUGAUGGCGU